AUGCUUAUUCUAGUUGCAAUCUCUGUUAUUUUUAUUAAUACAUUUGUUCUUACAAGACGAGAUCAAUCUACAGAUCAACCACAUGAAAAUUCACAUAAAGUUGAAUUAGUUCAUAAUCAAAAUCAUACAAUAAAACCUCUUAAACCCGAUCAAAUUGAACCACAACGAAUUCAAAGACCUGCUGCACCUGAUGCUGGAUGUGAGAUUGAUGAAAAAUGUUCAGAUGAUGCUAUUCCAUAUAAAGUUGUUUCAGGUGAUGGAAUAGAAAAAUAUCCGAUUAUAUGUUUUAAUAACAAAUUACUAUUACAUAAAAAUUUAAAAGAUGCAAAAAUUGGUCGUGGUGUUAAUUUAGUCGCAUUCGAUGGUAAAACAUAUGAUGUUAAAUUAACAGAAACAUUUGAUACAUAUCUUGAAGAAACAUUUUUUUUACGAACUCUUAAAUUAAAUUUAAAUGAUGGUGAUAUUAUUAUUCUUGCCAGUUUUGAUGAAAUGACAUAUGGAUUAAAAGAAGCAUCAUUAUCAAUCUUAGAAAAAUAUGGUAGUCAGUUAAUAAAAAUUAUUAAAUUUCGUGAUUCCUUUGUUAUGAUUGGACAAAAAGGACUUGCACGUGGAAAAGCCAUUGAAACACAUCAACCAAAAAGUAAUCGUGAUUUUGCUACUGCUGCACAUAUAAGUGGUUGUGCGAAAUUUCCUUUGGGUCAAAUAACAGCAUUAUCAUUUCCAAGUUCAGAAAUUAAUAAAGAAGGAAAAAUAGCUGUUGGUACAUCAAUAAAAAAUUGUGGUUUAGUCGAAAUGUGUAAAGAAAAUGAAUUUGCUGUACAUGUUUAUACUGGAAAAGAUAAAGAUGAUGAACCAAAAAUAUGUGUAGAUGGUAAAUAUGUUAUGGCAAAAGGUAUUAAUGAUGCUGGACGUGGUAUAAAUAUUGUUGUUGUUUCCAAUGGAAAAGAAGUUAUUCGUACAGGUCAUUUUGAUACAUGGCAAGAAGAUAGUACAAAUUUAGAAAUCUUUCUUGAAAAUCUUGAAGAUAAUGUUAUCCUUAUUGCAGUUACAUUUGAUGAAGCAUCAACAAAGCUUAGUCAGCACACUAGAAAUCUUUUUUUUGAUCUUGGCAGUGGAACUAUACAAAAUUUGAAAUACCGCGAUGUUUGGGCACUCGUGGGUCAAAAGGGCAUCAAAGGUUUUAGCCCUUAUGAAGAGAUUUCAUAUGCUGGCAGUGGUAAUGCUUAUGCAACUCCAAUUGACAAACGAAUGUGUAUACCACAAACAUUGAAAGGAAUUAAAAUUCGACCUGACCCAUUACCUUUUCGUAAUGAUAAACGUCGUGAUUUUUGUUCACGUUAUGAUGGUUACGGAGACUUUUGUAGUGAUACUAAUGUAGAUAAAAGCUUAGCAACAGUUUCAUUAUUAAAUAAAACCUUGGAAGACAAUCCAAUUUAUUCGACGCCGAUUCUUGUCAUAGCUGGAAUCUCCCAUAAUUCUCUACGUAUGUGUCUAGAAACAUUAUUAAUGCAACCAGGCAUUCUUGUUGAAAAUGUUAUUGUUGCUGUUGAUGAAAAAUUUUCUGAAUCACUUGCAUUAAUUGAUCUAUUUGGAUUUCGAGGUGAAAAAACAUCAAGUAGUUCAACAUAUAUGGAACAUUAUGAAAAAUCGUUGAAUAAAGUUUGGGAACUUCAUCCAAAUAAAGAUAAAGUGAUUGUUAUCGAAGAAGAUCUUAUUUUAUCACCUGAUUUUCUCUAUACACUUGCAUUACUAAGUGAAACAUUUCGAAAAGAUGAUACCAUAGGUGCAAUACAAAUGUGGAAUCCUAAUUCAUAUGAUAAUGUCAAUGGUUCAAUUGAUUUAAUCUAUCGUGUUGAUAAUCUAUUUGGUUUAGGAUAUUUACUGAGACGUUCAUUUUAUGAUAAAAAUAUGAAAAAUUCAUUUAAACAGUGUUGUUCAAAACGAGUUUGGGAUAAAUGGUCAUUUUCAGAUUCAUCAUCAUCAUUUCUUAUGCCAGAUAUUUCACGUGUAUUUCGUCGACCUAUUGAUGGAAAUCGAAUUAAUACGAAAUAUUUAGAAGUAUUAUUUAAUCGUAAACGAAGAACCAGUUUAAAUCCAUUUCCAGCAUUAUCAAAUAUCGAUACACUUCGAAAAGAAAAAUAUGAAGCAAAUUUAAUUAAAAUAAUUAAUUCUGCUACAUUACUUAAAUCAUUAGAAAAAUGUGAUACAAUCAAUAUUAAUAUGCAUAAUCUAAUUCAAAAUCAGAAUAGUUCUGAUACAUUUAAAUUUAUUUAUCAACAAGAAUCGGAAAAUGAUUUUACAACACUUACACCAAUUCUUCCUUGUUUUGGUUUAUUUCCAAUAGAACCACUUGGUCUUUAUCAUGGUAUUCUUCGUUUUACUUCAAAUAAAUAUCAUUUUUAUCUUAUUGGAACUAAAUCGUCUUUAUAUAAAAGUAUUUCAAUUGCUACUUAA